AUGCAAAACGGCUGCAGCGGCCGCGUUGCACCCAGCGCGGCCACACUGCUUUUGGUGCUGAGCGUGGAGGACAGCUGCCGCGUCCCUGAUAAUGAGCUUAAUGUCCUCGGUCACAGUGACCUGAGUCACGGUGAAGAGAGCUUGCACCGCCGGAUGAUGGGCCUGUGGGUGCGGCAUGGCGACCGGGGCCUGCUGGUUGUUGAAACCCUGGUAGUUCACAGAGACGUAGUGGAAAAGAGAAAUCUGCUGUAUGAAGAAAGGAUUGACGAUGGCUGGAAGUUGCUGGUGUUGGUGAAUCUGCGUGGCGUUUCCUUGGACACCAUUUGGGAAUCCGAACACGGCUCCCUGGUUCAGAGCGGGAGCACUCACUGGCCGGGGUAA